UGGAGAGUGACAUGACGGGUGUUCAAGAGCCCUCCACCUCAGCAUUACUUCAUAUAUAAGCAACAACACUUCAAUUUCGAAAUUCUGGAAUCUCAUCCCUCUAGCUUUUUACCGGUGCUCGUCUCUGAUUCUUCCGUCUUCUCAUCUUUCUCUAACCGAAGCUAGUUUGGUAGCACCAAUAAGGCAAUAAGCAUGAAUCCAGGUGGUUACACUGCUGAAGUUACAAGUCUGUCCCCUAUUGCUACUGAGAAGGACAUUCAUGAUUUUUUUGCUCUCUGUGGGAAGAUUGAUCAUAUUGAGAUUGUCAGAGCUGGUGAACAUGCAAGUACAGCUUAUGUGACAUUUAGAUCUUCUCAUGCUCUGGAAACAGCUGUGUUACUUAGUGGCGCCACAAUUUUGGAUCAACAAGUAUGCAUAGCCCGCUGGGGAUACUAUGAAGAUGAAUAUGAUUACUGGAACCAGUCUUCCUGGAAGCCUGAAGAAGCAAGAGAUUCAACUGAACACACACAAGGCCACCAAUAUGUUCCCUCUGCUGGGGAAGCCGUGACCAUGGCUCAAGACGUGGUUAAAACAAUGCUAUCCGGAGGCUAUGUACUAGGAAAAGAUGCUUUGGGUAAGGCCAGAGCUUUCGACGAAUCACACCAAUUGUCAGCCACUGCAGCAGCCAAGGUGGCGGAUUUGAGCGAGAGGAUGGGCCUGACCGACAAGAUUUUUGCCGGGGUUGAAGCUGCUAGAUCAGUGGAUCAGAGGUAUCACAUUGUUGAUAACACCAAAUCAGCUGUAUCAGCUACGGGGAGAAGUGCUGUUGCGGCUGCGAAUGCUGUUGUCAAUAGCUCCUAUUUCUCAAAGGGUGCUCUGUGGGUCUCCGAUGCUUUGAGUAAAGCGGCAAAAGCAGCAGCUGAUCUUGGGGGCGGUCAAGGCAUUAACAAAUAAGCUGCUAUGGGGAGUUGCGUUUUAUAGAUAUGUUUUUAGUCAAAAUUGCAUAUUUCCAUUAGGUUGGUUGUCUAUAUUCUAACAAUAUGUUGGGGGCACAAUUUUAAUACCUAGUUUCAUUACAUAUUUCAUAAAGAAUCAGCUUCCCAUGCAAUUAUGCAAAUAGCGUUAUAGGCAUUAGUCCGCAUGUGCAUUCAACAUUCAACUGGUUAUAGAGAUGAAAUUUGUCACAA